AUGUCCUUCUGCUCUCUCCUAAGAUUUCUUCUUGGCAUUUUCAGCAAGGUUCUGCUGAGAUAUAAAAAGAAAAAAGACACAGCUGGCGGUGGUGAAGGAGAGGACGGUCAUGGAGGUGUUUUUGGGGAUUCCUGGGAUUAUCUUCCUAGAGGGUAUGAACUAAUUUGCAAAUCAUCAGCACUUGCCAAUUGGUUUCUAAAAGAUAUCCAGCGUUUGCCACAACUAGAGCCAACUCGGUGGUGGUGGAGGAGCUGUCCAAAUCUUCAGACGAUUAUUCAACACUUACUACCACUGGACAGGUCACUGGAGUUAUUCAGAGACCACCUGCAGCUUGCAGAUGGUGGACUUGUUGCUUUAGAUUGGGUGGUGGGCCCAAGACAAAGCUCAAAGAUGAGAAGAGGCACAAAUGCUACAGGCAACCCACCACUGCUCUUGGUCAUUCCUAACCCCUUUGGAAAAUUAACAAGAAACAUUCAGAACCUUUGUUUUCAAGCUUUAGAAAAAGGGUACUACCCUGUCAUAUUUAACAGACGGGGACAAAAUGAAUGCCCGUUAACAACCCUUAAGCUACAAGAUUUUGGUGAACCGGAAGAUCUGAGAGAAGCAGUUACUUAUAUUCGUUUCAGACAUCCAAGUUCCAUGCUCUUUGCAGUCAGUGAAGGGCUUGGAUCUGGACUUCUGCUGUCCUAUCUGGGAGAGUGUGGCUCAUCGAGUUACUUGACAGCUGUAUCCUGCAUUUCUCCAGUGUUUCGCUGCCAAGAGUGGUUUGAGAACAAGCUCCCAUGGCUGUAUGAAUGGGCUCUGCUUCUUUAUCAGAAAUCUAUUCUCCGCAGAUACUUCACCGUUUUAAGUGAAAUUCUACCCACUGAGAAAUUAUUUAACAGUCAGUCUCUCCAGGAACUACACGAGACUCUGCACUGUCAAUGCAAGACUGGGAAGGUCAGUUGGGACGAUUACUGGGAUCAAAAUGAUCCCCUCCGUGAUGUAGAUGAAGUGGCAGUCCCUGUCCUGUGCAUCUCUAGCAUGGACGAUCCUAUUCGAGGACCACCGGAGUCUACCCUCCCCAUUGAACUUUUUAGGACCAAUCCUUAUUUUCUGCUGCUGUUUACACAUUAUGGAGGCCACUGUGGCUUCCUUACAGAUUCCCCUGUAGCAUGGAGUCAUGUCGUUACAUUAGACUACUUUAGAUCUGUGACAGAGUUUUUCCGUAUUGAGGACAAAACAAAGUGGUUGGCCAACCGGAGGAGCUCCAAUAUAAUGAGCAGACGAAGAAGACCAACCUUGCAAAGACGGGAGCUCUCUGCUUACAGGGACUUGGAAGAAGAGAUUUUCAGCUGGAAAAGAUCGUACACCAGGUGA